CGGUACCGGGCUCACAGCCGGACACGGUCCCUCAGGCGGGAGCGGAGUCUCGGGCACGCUCGGCCGCUCCCACUCGGGCCGCAGGCACGGAUCCACCACGCCGCGGGGCUGCCGGGCCUCCCCCGCGUCCUCUCGGGCCAGAAGUGUCCGGGGACUGGACCCCAACGGCGCCGGCGGCCUCGGCCUCCCCUCACCGCGGGCGGGCGCUGCCAUCUAGCGAAGAGCGGGCGACGGCUACGCUCCCGCCGCCGAGGCGCCGCCGACCCCUGCCCGCGGCGCCGGGAGCGGGGGCCGGCGGGUGUGGGGGGGGCCGGCGGGUGUGGGGCGGGGCCGGGCCGGGCCAGGCGGUGAGAGGCCCCGGCGUGCGGACGGGCUGGCCGGCUGCCAGCCCCGCCCCUCCCCGGCCUUUCCCGCCAAACAUGGCCGCCGCCGUGAAGAUCGGAAUUAUUGGUGGAACUGGCCUGGAUGAUCCCGAUAUCUUAGAAGGAAGAACAGAAAAACAUGUGGACACUCCUUAUGGCAAGCCAUCGGAUGCUUUGAUAUUGGGAAAGAUUAAAAAUGUGGACUGUGUGCUUUUGGCAAGACAUGGAAGACAUCAUACAAUUAUGCCAUCGAACGUCAAUUACCGUGCCAAUAUCUGGGCAUUAAAAGAAGAAAAUUGUUCGCAUGUGUUAGUGACUACUGCCUGUGGCUCAUUACAAGAGGAAAUACAACCUGGUGAUCUUGUCAUAAUUGACCAGUUCAUAGACAGGACAACUAGAAGACAUUGUACUUUAUAUGAUGGGCAGCAUUCCGCUCUUUCAGGAGUAUGUCAUAUUCCAAUGGCAGAGCCGUUCUGCACCAAAACCAGAGAGGUUCUUAUUGAGACUGCCAAGAAGCUUGGGCUCCAGUGUCAUUCCAAGGGGACAAUGAUCACAAUCGAAGGUCCACGUUUCAGUUCUCGAGCAGAAAGCUUGAUGUUUCGCAGCUGGGGAGCUGAUGUUAUCAACAUGACCACAGUGCCUGAAGUGAUUCUUGCGAAAGAAGCUGGAAUGAGUUAUGCUAGUAUUGCCAUGGCAACAGAUUACGACUGCUGGAAGGAACAUGAAGAAGCAGUUUCAGUGGAUAAAGUUUUAAAGACACUGAAAGAGAAUGCAAAUAAGGCUACUAGCAUACUCCUUACUGCUAUACCUCAGAUAGGUUCCAUGGAAUGGACCGACACCCUGCACACCCUGAAAACAACAGUGCAGUGUUCGGUCAUCCUGCCAAAGCAGUAGCAGCCUGCAUGGACCUUGAAUUUUGCAUACUCACAAGGAAGAGUGUAUCACUUUUGAACUUCCAAAUGUUACCAAUAAAAAAUUGUUAUAACCAUAAAAGAAUGGAGUAAACAUUAAUAGAUCAUAAUGUGUAAUGCAGCUUUUGUAAUUCUUAUCAUGCUUGGUAAUGUUAAAAUAUCUAAAGUUAGGUUUUUACUAUGUUUUAAACUUGGAAUAGCUUUACUUCGAAACUCGAUCAGACAGUGGCCAAAGAAAAAAGAAAAAAGUCAGUAGCAAGUUGUCAUCCUCUAUUCAGGGAUGCCUUUUAAGUGACGGGAGAAAGGAAAGGUUAGGUAAUAAUCUGUUGCAGAAAUGAAAUAAGGUCUAAGAAAGCAAAUUCAGGGAUACACUAUUUGGUUUACUAUUUCUGCCUCCCGUCUUUUCCUUUGACAAGGCAAAUGGUUACAGUUCACUUCAGAAACAUACCAGAAAAACUGACUGGCAAUUUAAGUAUGAAGUUUUGCUUUUUUUAUACAUUGUCCAUAUUUUUUAUUUCAGUGUUUUUUUUUAAAAGCAGUGGGUUUUCUUUGUGUGCUAGAAAACAUGGUUUAAUAAUUAUAUUGGUACUUUUUCAGCAGCAGUUUUGUAAUUAAUGUUUCCAUUAAAAAGAUAUAGCUAAUGACUGAGACAAAUUUGUGCCUGAAGAUGUACUUUUGUCACUUACAGAACUGUGCAGCAAAGUACCUUGCUGCCAGUGUCCUGAACACUCUGCUGGCCUUUUGCUGCUUCACUGAUUUCAACAGUGUUUAGUUUCUGUUUUAAGUGAUGAAUAUGCUCAAGUGUAUUGACUCUCCAUCAUCUUUGAAAGGUCAUGGAGGACAGGAGAGGUGCCCGAGGACUGGAGGGUAGCCAAUGUCACUCCAAUUUUCAGAAAGGGCAAGAAGGAGGACCCAGGAAACUAGAGGCGAGUCAGCCUCACCUCCAUCCCCAGAAAGGUGAUGGAGCAGUUCAUCCUGGAGGUCAUCUCCAGGCAUGUAGAGGACAAGAAGGUUAUCAGAAGUAGUCAACAUGGAUUCACCAAGGGGAGGUCAUGCUUGGCCAAACUGACAGCUUUCUGUGAUGGCGGGGCUGGCUGGGUCGAUGAAGGGAGAGCAGUGGAUGUUGUUUACCUCAACUUCAGCAAAGCCUUUGACACUGUCUCCCACAGCAUCCUCAUAGACAAGCUAAGGAAGUGUGGGUUGGAUGAGUGAACAGUGAGGUGGACAGAGAGCUGGCUGAACGGCAGAGCUCAGAGGGUCAUGAUCAACGGGGCAGAAUGUGGAUAGAGGCCUGUCACUAGUGGUGUUCCCCAGGGGUCUGUGCUGGGUCCAGUCCUGUUUAAUAUAUUCAUCAGUGACCUGGAUGAUGGGAUAGUGUAACCUCAGCAAGUUUGCUGAUGAUACUGAGCUGGGAGGAGGGGCUGAUACAGCAGAAGGCUGUGCUGCCAUGCAGCAAGACCUGGACAGGCUGGAGAGCUGGGCCCAGGUGAACCUCAUGAAAUUCAACAAGAGCAAGUGCAGGGUCCUGCACCUGGGGAGGAACAACCCCAUGCACCAGUACAGGCUGGGGGCUGAACUACCGGAAAGCGGCUCUGCUGAGAAGGACCUGGCCGUGCUGGUGGACAGCAAGGUGACCGUGAGCCAGUGAUGUGCCCUUGUGGCCAAGAAGGCCACCGGUAUCCUGCGCUGCAUUAAAAGGAGUGUGUCCAGCAGGUCAAGGGAGGUUAUUGACCCCCUCUGCUCUGCCCUAGUGGCACCACAUCUGGAGUACUGUGUCCAGUUCUGGGCUCUCCAGUUCAUGGAAGACAGGGAAGCACUGGAGGCACUCCAGCAGAGAGCCACAAAGGUGAUCAGGAGACUGGAGCAUCUCCCUUAUGAGGAAAGGCUGAGACACCUGGGUUUGUUCCGCCUGGAGAAGAGAAGACUGAGGGGGGAAUCUUAUCAAUGCAUAUAAAUAUCUGAAGGGUGAGUGUCAAGAGGAUGGGGCCAGGCUUUUUUCAAUAGUGCCCAACAACAGGACAAGGGGCCAUGGGCAUAAACUGGAACACAGGAAGUUCCAACUAAACAUGAGAAAAAACUUCUUUCCUGUGCGGGUGCCAGAGCAGCGGCACAGGCUGCCCAGGGAGGCUGUGGAGUCUCCUUCCCUGGAGACAUUCAAAACCCACCUGGAUGCGUUCCUGUGCCCCCUGCUCUGGGUGUGCCUGCUCAAGCAGGGGGGUUGGAUGAGAUGAUCUCUAGAGGUCCCUUCCAACCCCUGCCAUUCUGUGAUUCUGUGAAGCACUUUGUAUGAAUUUCUUUUUUUUAAAUACAAUUUAACUUCAAUAAAAUGAUAAUCUGCUUUUUGUCUAGUAAAUAAAUGAAACCUAUGCUUUUCCAAA